AUGGCGAGAGCAACCCGUUCGAGUGCUCGUCUGGCCUCGACCGCCGCAAAGCCGACAGAGAGCUUGGGUACCGCCAACAGCACAACGAAACGGGGCAAGCCUACGAAGCAGACUUCAUCAGACAAGGAGAACACUCCCCGGCCAGAGAAGAGGAAGCGGGCGACAAGCAAGGCCGCGAGCUCAACACCAGCCAAGAAAGUCAAGACAGAGGAUGCAGACCAUGCGGCAUCGCCGGAACUCGCCAACGUCCCGACUCUAACACCACUCAAGAAAGAGAACAUCAAGUCUGAGAGCCCACAAACAAAGGCAAAGGUUCAAAAGUCUCCAGCAGAUUUGAAGUCCAAGAAACUCAAGGCGUACACUCAAUACGCCGACAAGUCACCGUUCUCCGACUUCCCUCACCCGACCCCAGACGAGUGCAAGCUGGCCCAUCGCAUCCUGGCCAAACUGCACGGUAAACGGGAACGCCCUGCCGAGAUCAAAGCAUCCUCGACCCGCGCUGGCUGCGGAGACUCGCCGUCGGUCCUCGAUGCGCUGGUGAGAACCAUUCUGAGUCAAAACACGAGUGACACCAACUCCACCCGGGCCAAGAGGAGCAUGGACGACGUCUACGGCGGCAGCGAUGAGUGGGAGAAGAUUGUCGAGGGCGGGAUCCCCAAGCUGCAGGAAGCCAUCAAGUGCGGUGGGCUGAGCCAAGUCAAGAGCAAAGUCAUUGUGGGCAUCCUCAACCAGGUCCACGAGAAGUACGGCUCAUAUUCUCUCGACCAUCUCUUCAAUGUGAGCAAUGAAGAUGCGAUGCAGGAGCUCAUCAGUUUUCAGGGCGUCGGCCCCAAGACUGCCAGUUGUGUCCUUCUCUUUUGCCUGCAGAGAGAGUCGUUUGCGGUCGACACUCAUGUAUGGAGAAUCACCGGCCUUAUGGGGUGGCGUCCAAAGAGCGCCUCGCGGGACGAAACCCACGCCCACCUCGACGUCAGAAUCCCGGACGAGGACAAGUAUGGGCUUCACAUCUUGCUUGUCAAGCAUGGCAAGGUAUGCAAUGAGUGCAAAGCUGGCGGCAAGAGUGUUGGAAAGUGCGAGUUGAGAAAGGCUUUUCGCCAGGAAAAGAUGAAAAAUGAAGAGGGGAAGCUAUCCGAUGUGGAAACAUAA